AUGAGACAUGUGAUUCAGCCUUUGAUUUCCUACAGUUUGAACGCAAGCUUGGAUUUUGCCACUCAUGCACAGAUGGCCUUCGGCGAUCUUGAACAUUUUGAGGAAAUUAUGGAUAUUCGUCUGCAAAACUUCUGUCAUCACUGUUGCACCGCCAGCCUUAUCAAACUUCCCAUCCACCUAUGUUCUCUCCUGUGUUCAUCAUCCGGUGAUUCAAAUCUGAAGCUCUCCCAACCCGAUCCAAUUUCCCUUCAGGUCAUCCUUUUUUCUGACGCUUCUGCUGACACUGCUACUCUUGGUCUUUAUCAUGAAGAUGAUACCGACGCCAAUUCUUUGGUUCACUUUAUCCUGUCGCAACUUUCAUACUAUCUUUGUUCGGAUUCCCCCGUCAUUCAUAGUAAUAUACCUUCUGUCCAAUCUGCCAAUUCUCUGGUCGAUCAUCGAUUGACUAUAUGGCUCAGUCUGGUUCGAUUACUGCCCGUCUUUUGGACCGAAGCUUCCUGGGGCUCAGAUUCGGUUAGUGCAUGA